UCAGCUAUAUUUAUCUUUUAAAACAAAAAAAAAUGGAUUUCUUAAAUUCAUCUGAUCAAAAUUGGACCUCAGAAGAACUAGUAAACAGAAUGGCAUCCAAGAUUCUGGUGUCCCUCACUCUUUCCAGCCUGGCGCUGAUGACAACAACCAUCAACUCCCUUGUGAUCACUGCAAUUAUUGUGACCCGGAAGCUGCACCACCCAGCCAACUAUUUAAUUUGCUCUCUGGCAGUUACAGAUUUUCUUGUAGCUAUUCUGGUGAUGCCUUUCAGCAUUGUGUAUAUUGUGAGAGAGAGCUGGAUUAUGGGGCAAGUGGUCUGUGACAUUUGGCUGAGCAUUGACAUUACAUGCUGCACUUGCUCCAUCCUGCAUCUCUCUGCUAUAGCUUUGGAUCGGUAUCGGGCAAUCACAGAUGCUGUCGAGUAUGCCAGGAAAAGGACUCCCAAGAAUACUGGCAUUAUGAUUACAGUAGUUUGGAUUAUAUCUAUUUUUAUCUCUAUGCCCCCUCUAUUCUGGAGGCACCAAGGAACGAGUCGAGAUGAUGAGUGCAUCAUCAAACACGACCACAUUGUUUCCACUAUUUACUCAACAUUUGGAGCUUUCUACAUCCCGUUGGCAUUGAUUUUGAUCCUCUACUACAAAAUAUAUAAAGCAGCAAAGACAUUAUACCACAAGAGACAAGCAAGUAGGAUUGUCAAGGAGGAACUGAAUGGUCAAGUUCUUUUGGAGAGUGGUGAGAAAAGCACUAGACUGGUGUCCACCCGCUACAUGCUCGAAAAGUCUUUAUCUGACCCAUCAACAGACUUUGAUAGAACUCAUAGCACAGUGAAAAGUCCCAGGUCUCAAUUCAAACAUGAGAAAUCUUGGAGAAGGCAAAAGGUCUCAGGCACAAGAGAACGCAAAGCAGCCACUACCCUAGGAUUAAUUUUGGGUGCAUUCGUAAUAUGUUGGCUUCCUUUUUUCGUAAAAGAAUUGGUUGUUAAUGUCUGUGAAAAGUGUAAAAUUUCUGAAGAAAUGUCAAAUUUUUUGACAUGGCUUGGAUAUCUCAAUUCCCUUAUAAACCCACUGAUUUAUACAAUCUUUAAUGAAGAUUUCAAGAGAGCAUUCCAAAAACUUGUGCGAUGCCGAUGUUAGUUUAAAAAGGUUUAUUAUUAAAGGUUGGAUUUUGUUUUUUUGAAGUGAAGUAGCUAAAUGAAUGCUAAAUGUUAACACAUUUAAACUUAUCAUUUUAGCAAUAGGGAAGGGGCAAAAGAGCUAAUAAGAACUCUUGCUUAGUAUCACUGGAAGAAAUGUAAAAGUCAGAGAUUGAAUAUGUCUUUGUAUUUAGGUAGUAAAGAGUAAUCAUAAAGUGAGUUAGGUACCAUAAAAUAAUUUAGAUACUGAAUUUGUACACAUUUAACAUAUUCUUUUUGUUUAAUAUUAAUUCCUAGAAGAAUAUUUCCCUAAUUAUCUGUUACUAACAUUUGAAAUCAAAGCUUUACCCUAGUAGCAAUAACUCAAAGGAAAAGCUGGGGAGGUCAGGAGAGGUAUUUAUUUAGGAAUCAAAUUUUAGGCACUAAGUAAAGUACCCUAGGGUACCCACCAUAGUUACUAUACUUCUAAUGUCUUUUUGGGAACGUAAAAUAAAUUUCAUUUCUGUUUAUGGUAAUAAGCUCAGUUGCUAACUAAAAUGUUCACGAUGCUUUGUACUGCAGCAGCUCCACACCUUCCAUUUAAACAUUCAUUCCCUUUUGUCAGAGAGAACCUAAUAGAAACACAGCUUUCCAUUGACUUCAAAACAAUAC